AUGGAAAUCCUGCCAGCUCGGUGCACGAUUCUUAUGAAGAAGAUGUUGAAAUAUGCCGGAACAUUUGGACUGGCGAGUAUUCUGUGUGGAGUGGUAUUUGUUGACAGAGGAAAUAAGUCGCAAACCAAAGAAGCUCUGGAGCAAACAGUGAAGAUCAUCAAGAAAAGAAAUGCCAAAAUAUGGAUAUUUCCAGAAGGUACACGAAAGUACAACACUGAAUGUUCAGAUCCAAUGUUGCCAUUCAAAAAGGGCGCGUUUAAUUUAGCUGUCCAGGCUCAGGUCCCGAUCGUUCCAGUCGUCUUUUCUUCUCAGUCGAAAUUCUUUAGUUAUGAGCAAAAGAGAUUUACACAAGGUGAAUUCACUGUAACUGUCAUGCCACAUGUGAACACGAUUGGACUCACUUUGGAAGAUGUACCGACAUUAGCUGACAAAACGAGACAAUCCAUGAUAGAUGUAUACGAAGACACAUCCCGAGAUACGGACGCUAUUAACAGAAAUGAUCACCGGACAUAA